CACAUGUCGUUUAAUAUUAAGAAUUCGUUUGUUUCGCGUGCAAUUGUAGAGGAUGACAAGCAAGUGGAUGCGGAAGGAGGAAAAGAUACAGAAGAAGUGGUUAUUCAAGAAGAAUACGAUCCACGUACACUCUUUGAACGUCUUCAAGAACAACGUACUUUAAAAGAAGAAAAAUUUGCAGAAGAAUCACGUCUAUCUAAUCAAAUCAAACGCGUGGAUGCUGAAGAAGCUGAAUUCUUUCGUACUUUAUCCGAUGAAAAAGAGAAAUUAGAUCAUGAUCGUAAAAUAAAAGAGGAAUUGGAAUUAGCAGAGUAUCGACAAGCGGUAGAAGCAAGAGCACAACCAGUGGGUCCCGCUUCCAUUGUCGCUCCCUCAUCCACCAUCACCACUACAGCUAUAGUCACAUCGACUACCACACAAAACAAACCAUCAGCACCAACAGCAGCAGCGGCGAAAUCUAAAAAGUCAGUGAAGGGAGGAGCUUUGUUUGUCAAAAAGAGAAAACACAGCACCGAUGAUACAGAAAAAGAAGAUAAUAAAAAACCAAAGAAAACGUCAACAACAUCCUUGUCUUUACUGGUGGAUUAUGGCGAUAUCAGUGACAGUGAUUGAUCCUAUUACUUGCCUCUAGAAUAAAUAUGAUUGGAUCAUUACAAGAGUGUGGAAGAAUAAAGAAGAAAAAAAAAUAGGGGAGAGAGGGGGUACAAUUGCGCGGGCAAAGAUUAAAAAAAAAUACAAGAAAUGUUGGUUUUAAUGCAGACUUUUUGACAUUUAUGAACGGAAAAUUAUGAGAAUGCCAAUUAGCAUUUUUUGGCGGCA